AUGAUUCCGGUGAUUGUUGGUGUGGCCGAUAUUAAAAAUCGGUCAACAGCGAUUGAACAUGCGAGGGAGCCGGCAAGUUUAAUGCUAGAAGCAAUAUGUUCUGCUAUCAAAGAUGCCACUGUCUCAGUUGAACUUGAGGAAAUGUUGCGAUCCAGCAUUGAUAGCCUCGAUGUUGUGAAAACAUGGACUUGGCCUUACACAGACCUUCCGGCUCUCCUGGCAGGAAAACUUGGCAUCCAAACUAAACAUCAAGAGUACAGUGAACAUGGUGGGAAUCAGCCUGCAAAGCUGUUGGACGAAGCAGCUCGAAGAAUUGCGACAGGGGAGAACCGAGUUGCAGUGCUAACUGGAGCAGAAGCUUUAGCUUCCUUGCGCUUAGAUAUUGGGGGUCUGCACUCUGUGGGUGCACCGAUUCAUAUUUAUCCCUUGUACGAAAACGGGUUUCGCGCACAUCGCGGCCAAUCCAUCAAGGAUAAUCACGAAGAGUCGGCUCUCCUUUACGGGAAAUUUAGCCGCGUCGCAGCUUCUAAUCCUUAUUCGUGGAACUUCGGAAAGGAUGCCGAUACCCCAGCUUCAAUAGGGUCCAUCUCUAAGAAAAACCGCAUGAUAUGCUUCCCAUAUCCUCUUCUCAUGAAUGCAUUCAACGCUGUCAAUCUGGCGGCAGCAUGCGUUAUAACCUCAACUGAGUUUGCCAAGAAGCUCCAAGUUCCAGAAGAAAGAUGGAUAUACCCACUUGGGGGCGCUGGCUCCCGUGAGCGCAACUUGUUCUGGGAAAGACCCAACUUUUUUCAGUGUUCCGCUAUCUCGGACUCACUGGACAAUUGCCUGGGUAACAGUGGGAUAACUUCCAGGGAAAUUGAUAUUUACGACUUCUAUUCAUGCUUCCCCAUUGUCCCUAAACUUGCGUGCCAUCAUCUUGGCCUGUCCAUAACCACGCCGGAAAAGCCCAUCACAGUUCUUGGCGGGCUCACGUCAUUUGGAGGAGCCGGUAACAACUACUCGAUGCAUGUAUGCUGUUCCGUCCACCUGUUGUUGACCUUCUGUAUUGAUUUUUUAUCGCAGGCCAUCACAGAGAUGACCCGCCAGCUGCGUAAGGGAUAUGGUCAUAAAGGAUUGAUACUCGCCAAUGGUGGCUUUUUGUCUUACCAACAUGCCAUUUGCCUCUCAACUCAGCCUCGAAAAGACAAAAGCACCUACACGGAUAGUCGCGCAAUGGGUUUGAAAACACCGGAUCCUAUCCCCUUGGUCGAUAAUGAUGCGGAAGGAGACGCGACAAUAGAAACUUAUACUGUUGAGUUCAACCGAGAUGGCAGUCCACAGCGGGCCUAUAUUGUGGGUCGCCUUACAAGCACCAAUCACCGCUUUUUGGCAAAUGAUGGUGAUGAAUUUACUUUAACCCGGCUUUCAUCCACAAAUGAAGAGCCAAUUGGCAGGACUGGUACGGUAAUGCCUGACCCCAAUGGCGAAAAGGGACAGAGGAGAAAUCUGUUCUUUGUCGGUCAUAGUUCUAGACUAUAG